UGGGUGAGACAAGGAGAUAACAAAGGUUAGGUUAACCCUUCAAAAUCAGAAAACUCCGUACUCUAUAAGCAAACAACAACUGUACUCAUCGGUGGAUAUACAAUUCGAACCCACUUCUCAAAUUCUCUCUAUUUAAUCAAACCCCACUUCAUUCACCCCCUUCUCUCUCUCUCCUCUCUCUCUCUCUCUCUCUCUCUCUCUCACACCUCAAGAUCUUGAGAUCAAGAACCAAUCUUUAUCACCAAUUCUUUCAGUACCAGAUUCUUGGUCACUAAUAGCUAAUAACCCUUGGUUGUAUUGAUCAAUGAUAGUGUUGUGGUGUUUGUUUCUUUGUAAGUAGCUUUCUGGGUGUCGGUGGAUUUGGGUUUUUUUAGGGUUACGGUUAGGGUUUUCAACAAUUUGAUCAGUAAAAUUGUGAUUUUUUAGAGCUUUGUUGCUGAAUACAUUUCUGGGUAUUGUUGUUUGGUGAUUCUUGGUUGUGGUAGGUGGGUUGAAUGUGGGUAAUUUUCUUUGUUUCUUGUUGAAAUAUAUACUUUUUCUUGUUGAAUUUUCCUUUUUCUUUGUGGGUUUUGUUUCAAGAAACAAGAUGCAGCAAGAUCGGCGAAAAAAGAGUCCGAAAGAGGUGGAGUUCUUCACCGAAUACGGUGAAUCAAACCGAUACAAAAUCCUCGAAAUAAUAGGAAAGGGAAGUUAUGGAGUUGUUUGUGCAGCCGUUGACACACAGACGGGCGAAAAGGUUGCGAUAAAGAAGAUAACAAACAUUUUUGAACAUUCAUCGGACGCGAUUCGAAUUUUGCGGGAGAUUAAAUUGCUUAGGCUUUUACGUCAUCCCGAUAUUGUUGAAAUUAAACGCAUUAUGAUGCCGCCAUCUAGGCGGGAUUUUAAAGAUAUUUAUGUUGUGUUUGAACUUAUGGAAUCCGAUCUUCAUCAAGUCAUUAAGGCUAAUGAUGACUUGACACAUGAACAUCAUCGGUUUUUCCUUUAUCAAAUGCUUCGAGCAUUGAAGUAUAUGCAUACAGCAAACGUUUAUCAUCGAGAUCUGAAACCGAAGAACAUAUUAGCAAAUGCAAAUUGCAAACUCAAGAUAUGCGAUUUCGGGUUAGCAAGGGCUGCGUUUACAGAUACUCCGACGACAAUAUUUUGGACGGAUUAUGUGGCAACAAGAUGGUAUAGGGCUCCUGAGCUAUGCGGUUCUUUUUAUUCAAAGUAUACCCCCGCUGUUGAUAUAUGGGGCAUUGGAUGUAUAUUUGCGGAAGUAUUGACCGGAAAACCGCUUUUUCCUGGAAAAAGCGUGGUUCAUCAGUUGGAGCUUAUUACUGAUCUUCUUGGGACACCGUCGUUAGAUACCAUUUCUAGAGUACGUAAUGACAAGGCAAGAAAAUACUUAACCGAUAUGCGUAAAAAGAAACCCGUAUCGUUCUCCGAGAAGUUCCAAGAAGUCGACCCGUUGGCACUUAAGCUAUUACAAAGACUAUUGGCGUUUGACCCAAAAGACCGACCCACCGCAGAACAAGCCCUAGCCGACCCUUACUUCAAGGGACUAUCGAAAGUCGAACGCGAGCCGUCAUGUCCGUCAUUUUCCAAAUUUGAGUUUGAGUUUGAGAGACGAAGAGUCACGAAAGACGAUAUUAGAGAGUUAAUAUUCCGGGAGAUUCUAGAAUACCACCCGCAGUUACUCAAAGAUUACAUGGCUGGCAAUGAUCGCUCGAAUUUCCUUUAUCCUAGUGCGAUUGGUCAAUUUAGACGGCAAUUUGCUUAUUUUGAGGAAAACGUUGGGAAAAGUGGGCCCGUUAUACCCCCAGAGAGGAAACAUGUUUCCGUCCCAAGGUCGACAAUUGCUUCAAGCACGACUGCUCCCAAGCUGCAGCAGUGUUUGGCUGCAUUUGACAACCGACCGGUGGUGGAUAGCAUGUCUCAUGGCGGCGGAGAUGUGGAUGCUACCGGAAAUAUUUUCAGUGCCGCCGCUCGGCCGCCACCAAGAAUGCCUAAAGCAAGAGUAGUGGGCCCGGUUCUUCCGUUGGAGAGUAGUAGAAACAUGAAAGACGCGUACGAUCCAAGGGUAAUGGUUAGAAAUACGAACACGAUUGGUCUCUCUCCGCACUACGCAUAUAGGAGCAACACCGGGGAUCAAACACAGGGUCAACAGAAGUCAACCGACGGGAAAUUGGCACCAGGGUUAGUGAAUGGUGUGAAUAGUAACCCGUAUUACAAUCAAACACAUGGUCAACAGAAGUCAAACGAACGGAUAGCGAUUGAUGGAACGUUUAUGCAGCCCCAGCCUCAUAGAGAGGUGGGUGUUUUUCAUAUGGGAUGAUCAUUGUUUUCGGCUUUUUUUUUUUUUUUAAUUUCCACUUGUUUUCUUACAUACUAGUGUGUGUUACCUUAUAUAUUAGUUUAACAUGGUGUUUUAGUUGAUGUAUAUUGCACUCUCUUUUAGCUUUUUUUUUUUUAAAUAAGGAUAUCUAAAUAAGUUGUUUGUAUCAAA